ACUCAGUCUGGAAGGUUACAUUCAUACAAGUUUACACAGCUUAACGAUUAACUACAUUGACCUGCCAACCUUACUGUGUCUGUGGCAAAUAGCGUUGUAUAGAGUUCAGAAGUCUUGGUAUGCUCCCAGGAAAAAAACAAAUUCCAAAUCGCUUGAAAGUGAAUAAUUAGGAUAAAAAUGUACACUAUCAAGCUCUUUCUUUUUAUUGCUCCUCUAGUUAUUUCUUCCAGAACUGACCAAGAUGAUACAUCACUUGAUUCUAUAUCUCCAGAGCCAAAAUCAAGAUUUGCUAUGUUAGAUGAUGUAAAAAUUUUAGCCAAUGGCCUACUUCAGUUAGGACAUGGUCUUAAAGACUUUGUUCAUAAGACUAAGGGCCAAAUUAAUGACAUAUUUCAAAAACUCAACAUAUUUGAUCAGUCGUUUUAUGACUUAUCACUGCAAACCAAUGAAAUCAAAGAAGAAGAAAAGGAACUUAGAAGAGCAACAUCCAAACUGCAAGUCAAAAAUGAAGAAGUAAAGAACAUGUCACUUGAACUCGACUCAAAACUUGAAAGUCUUCUUGAAGAGAAAAUUCUACUGCAACAGAAAGUGAGAUACCUGGAGGACCAAUUAACCAAUUUAAUUAAAAAUCAACCUCAAAUUCAGGAACACCUGGAAGUAACUUCACUUAAAACUUUGGUAGAACAGCAAGAUAAUAGCAUUAAAGACCUUCUUCAGAUUGUGGAAGAACAAUACAGACAAUUAAACCAACAGCAAAGUCAAAUAAAAGAAAUAGAAAAUCAGUUGAGAAGAACUGGUAUUAAAGAACCCACAGAAAAUUCUCUUUCUUCUAAACCAAGAGCACCAAGAACUACUCCCUCGUUUCACUUGAAUGAAACAAGAAUUGUAGAACAUGACGACAUUCCUGCUGAUUGUACCAUCAUUUAUAACCAAGGCAAGCAUACAAGUGGCAUCUACUCCAUUAGACCCAGCAACUCUCAAGUUUUUAAUGUCUACUGUGAUGUUAAAUCAGGUAGUUCAUGGACAUUAAUUCAACAUCGAAAAGAUGGAUCACAAAACUUCAAUGAAACCUGGGAAAACUACAAGUAUGGUUUUGGGAGGCUUGAUGGAGAAUUUUGGCUGGGUUUAGAAAAGAUAUACUCCAUAGUAAAGCAAUCUAACUAUAUCCUACGAAUCGAGCUAGAAGACUGGAAAGACAAGUAUUAUACUGAAUAUUCUUUUCACUUGGGAGAUCAUGAAACCAACUAUACACUACAUCUAGCUGAGAUUUCUGGCAAUGGACCCAAGGCAUUUCCCGAACACAAAGACUUGAUGUUUUCCACUUGGGAUCACAAAGCAAAAGGACAUUUCAACUGUCCAGAAAGUAAUUCAGGAGGCUGGUGGUACCAUGAUGUAUGUGGGGAAAACAACCUAAAUGGUAAAUACAACAAGCCAAAAGCAAAAGCUAAGCCAGAGAGGAAAGGAGGAAUAUGCUGGAAGUCUCAAGAUGGAAGGCUGUACUCCAUCAAAGCAACCAAAAUGCUGAUACAUCCAUCAGAUUCAGAAAACUCUGAAUGAACUGAGGCAAAUUUAAAAGCCAAUAAAUUAAACAUUAAACUCAUCCCAUAUUACAAUGGUUUAGAAAUCCAGUAUUAAACCCCUAAUGGAAGGCUUAGAAAUAAAUUCUUUAUAUUAAAGCCACUACCAACUUAAUAUUAAACAUAUCAUCACAUCACUUCGAAGAACACCAUUUACCUUUCUCAAUCAAAAUUUUAUGACAAUCAUUUAUUCAUGUAUUUUGUAAUGUGUGAAUCAAAUUUUAGAAGGUCACGAUCUAAAUUUUAGCCAAUGGAUGAAAUUUCAAAUAACCGUCCUAAAUAAACAACAUAAAAAAAAUUUUUAAGUUUAAAGUCAUCAUGUUAGCUAACUGCACAACGUCCUCAGUUAAAAAAAUACUAUUCUUGCUAAAAUUCUAAACUUGAAGAAAUAUAAACAAUUAAUAACUGUACAAUUAUUAAAUGAUGUAAUAUUAAUUUCAAAACUAAAAUAAGUUGAGAGUACAUGUAAAAAUCGGUAACAUGGAUUUUAAAAUUGAUACUAAUUUUGCAACAAAAUAAUUUGGAGUAAAUGUUUGGUAUGCUUUAUUUAUGAGGCCAAAUGAAGCAGGAUGAAAUACUGUAUUGAAAUAGGCUCACACUGUUAAAUACAGCAGAUCAUAACUGCUAAGUCAUACUGACUUUAAAUAUCAAGUAUCAUUGUACCUUAUUUGUCAACUUGUCUGGACUCUAUACAUAUUUUAACUCCUGAAAGUGAAAGUCGCUCAGUCAUGUCCCACUCUUUGCCACCCCAUGGACUACACAGUCCAUGCAAUUCUCCAGGCCAGAAUUCUACAGAGGGUAGCCGUUCCCUUCUCCAAGGAAUCUUCCCAACCCAGGGAUGGAACCCAGGCCUCCCUCAUUGCAAGUGGGUUCUUCACCAGCUGAGCCACCAGGAAAGCCCAAGGAUACUGGAGUGGGUAGCCUAUCCCUUCUCCAGCAGAUCUUCCUGACUCAGAAAUCGAACCAGGGUCUCCCGCAUGGCAUUUUGUCUGGACUCUGUACAUAUUUUAACUCCUAAUGUUGUGAAAAACAAAAAAUUUUAAGGUGAUCUUGUCAAAAUAUAGUAAGAAAGAAUGUGUUUGUGGCAUCGAAUUAAAGUUUAAUAAUUUAUUUCUCUUGGAUACAGUGUGAGUCUAAUACUAAUUUGGAGGUUUUUCAAAGAGAAUUAAGAAUCAUAAAAAGUUACUGAAAGAUUAAAUAAACAUUCUGAGGAAUGUUAACAUUUCCAAAUUUAUUAAAAACUCAGUCCUCUAGAUUACAGACAUUUACAUUUACAUUCCUGUAGUUUUUUAUUGACAUCUAAUAGGAGUAUGAUUAUGCUAUCUAUAAUUUAAAUAAUUUAAAUUCUAAAUACUCAAGGAUUAUUAGAGGAUAUUCUGACCAUAAUAUCAUGUUAGUAUUUAUUUUUUUUAAGCUUCUAAAGAAACCAUCAAAAAGAAAUAAAAUCUUGAAUUAAACUCAAUUUUUAAAGACUAAUUUUUUAAAAAAAAAGAAAAAAAGGAUAGUCCCGAAGUUAUGUCAUCAUUGUCACUCAGUCACCCAGUCAUGUCCAACUCUUUGCAACUCCAUGGACUGCAGCAUGCCAGUGUUUCCUGUCCUUCACCAUCUCCCGGAGCUUGCUCAAUGUCAUGUCCAUUGAGUCAGCGAUGCCAUCCAACCAUCUCACCCUCUGUCAUCCCCUCUUCCUCCUGCCUUCAAUCUUUCCCAUCAUCAGGGUCUUUCUUAAUGAGUGGGCUCUUCCCAUUAGGUGGCAAAAGGAUUGAAGCGUCAGCAUCAGUAUUAGUCCUUCCAAUGAAUAUUCAGGACUGAUUUCCUUUGGGAUGGACUGGUUUGAUUUUCUUGCUGUCCAAGGGACUCUCAAGAGUCUUCUCCAACACUGUGGUGGUUCAAAAGCAUCAAUUCUUUGGCAUUCAGUCUUCUUUAUGGUCCAACUCUCACAUGCAUAAUGACUACUGGAAAAACCAUAACUUUGACAGGACAGACCUUUGCUGACAAAGUAAUAUCCCUGCUUUUUAAUAUGCUGUCUAGGUCGGUCAUAGCUUUUCUUCCAAGGAGCAAGGGUCUUUCAAUUUCAUGGCUGCAGUCACCAUCUGCAGUGAUUUUGGAGCCCAAGAAAAUAGUCUUUCACUGUUUCCAUUGUUUCCCCAUCUAUUUGCCAUAAAGUGAUAAGACUGGCUGCCAUGAUCUGCAGUUUUUGAAUACUGAGUUUUAAUCCAGCCUUUUCACUCUCCUCUUUCACUUUCAUCAAGAGGCUCUUCAAUUCCUCUUCACUUUCUGCCACAAGGAUGGUAUCAUCUGCGUAUCUGAGGUUAUUGAUAUUUUCUCCCAGCAAUCUUGAGUCCAGUUUGUGCUUCAUCCAGGCCGGCAUUUUGCAUGAUGUACUCUCCAUAUAAGUUAAAUAAGCAGGGUGACAAUAUACAGCCUUGACGUACUCCUUUCCCCAUUCUGAACCAGUCUAUUGCUCCAUGUCUGGCUCUAACUGUUGCUUCUUGACUUACAUAAGGUUUCUCAGGAGGCAGGUAAGAUGAUCUGAUAUUCCCAUCUCUUUAA